CCGCGGACUGCGUGAGGGCAAGGAUUAUCCCCGGAGUUUUAUAACGAUCGGCGCUAGUCCGAAAGAAUCCACGCAUACGCUUGCUUAGACUUGCGCGACCUCACGCAAAACUCUGCGAACUGCUUGCCUGCACCGCAAUGCAGACAACGAUGUCACAGCGAGUGGCCUCUGCGCCAACAAUCAAUCCAAUUGGUGUCGGCCGGGCGCCUGUCGUCGUCCAUGGCUUGGUAUCCAUGCACAGCGUCAACUCCCAAAGAGGCUCUACGAGCAGUAGCGCAACUUUCAGCAGUCCCUUAUUGCGUGCAUCGACCAGCGUCCGGACAGUUUUCCAGCCAGUCGCCAUUCGUCGCGGCGAGCAUGCCAUGACUCGUGCGUUUCUAAACGGCAACGGUUCAUCGGGCCCCAAGGCCGUGCCUCCCCAACCGCCGUACAACGUUGUCAUCACCGGCAGCACCAAAGGCAUCGGUCGGGCCCUGGCUGAGGACUUCCUGCGGUCGGGUGACCGAGUGGUGGUGUGCUCGCGGUCAGCUGAGCGGGUGGCGGAGGCGGUGGCGGAGCUGGGAGCCAAGUACGGCAGCGAGCGGGUGAAGGGUAUCGCAGUGGAUGUGGCGCAGCCGGGUCAGGCUGCGCAGCUGGCGGACUUUGCAGCGGAGCAGCUGGGCGGGGUGGACAUUUGGAUCAACAACGCCGGCACCAACGGUUACCGCUACGGCCCGCUGUCCGACAGCAGCGAUGAGGAGCUGGCGGCGAUCGUGGGGACCAACGUGCUGGGCGUCAUGCUGUGCUGCAAGGAGGCCAUCCGCCUGAUGCGCUCGCAGCCCCGUCACGGCCACAUCUUCAACAUGGACGGAGCGGGUGCGGACGGCAACCCCACCCCCCGCUUCGCCGCCUACGGAGCCACCAAACGCAGCCUGGCGCAGCUGGGCAAGUCGCUGCGGGCGGAGCUGGGGAGCCAGGGUAUCCGCCACGUGGCGCUGCACAACCUGUCCCCCGGCAUGGUGACCACGGAGCUGCUGAUGGCGGGCGCCAACACACCCACCGCCAAGUUCUUCAUCAACUGCCUGGCCGAGCCCGCCUCCGAGGUGGCGGCCUACCUGGUGCCUCGCAUCCGCUCCGUACCUCAGUCCUGCGUGCACCCCGUGACGGGGGCGCUGGCGCCCGCCUACAUCCGCUUCCUCACGCGGGACAAGGCGCUCCGGCAGAUUGCGGCGCGGCUGCUGACGGGUGCUCGCAAGGGGCGCUGGGUGAAGGAGGACGAGAUAUGAGGGACGGCUGGCUGGCUGGGGUGUGGGGAGGAGCUUAAGGAGGAGUGGCAGGAGGGGGGACAGGAGGGGGGCGGAAGGGGAGGAGGAUGUAUCGUUCUGUGGACAUUGUGCUACAUUAGUAACCGAGAACACAUGGUGCCAAAGCACUCCCGGGUCUCCGCGGCUCAACUGAGCUUCAAUUGGGGAGCGGUAGCUCGUACUCCUAUUUCACCGACGUUGCACGUCCAAAAACUUACAGCAUGAGGUGACAAGGGCCACGUCUGUUCAGAACACAUACAUCAACCUCCGAACAUUC